AAAAAAAUUAAAAAAAACCUGCUCCCCACCCUUGAGUUUAAUAAGUUGCUGAGUUGACCCACUAUUCGCUUCUGGGUGAAGAUCCGAGGCUGUGAAUACUUCUCCUCUGUUGGAUCAAUUUUUUGUUGGUUAGACUCUGUUGGAUCAAUUUUGUUUGCCAAACGGACUGUGAUUCUGACAAGAAGUUGUAUCGGAUCAGAAGAUGUGAAUUGUCAACUGAAUAGGAGUCAAAAUACAAUUUUGCAAAUCAAACAAUGACUCAACUGAACCCUUUGGAGUUAUUGAAGCAAUUGGAGGAUAUAUUGGAUUCUGACCCUCUAAUUGAUGAAGUGGGGUUUAUUCAUCCAUCCCAGUUUGUCAUGCUCAAUGAAGAGGCUGGUGGCCCCCUCCCAUCUUCUGUUGGGACUAUGCUUCAGUCAGAAGAUAGGGUCCUGGGAUCAAGAGUAUCAAAAGUUAAUCCGUCAGAGACAGUUUUUUGGUGUCGAGACCAUAAGUUGGGCAUCUCAACUCAGGUUCUUCUGCCAUUAUAUAAUGUGGCAAAACAAACUUUUAUGGCUGCACUUGAAAGAUACAAGAUUCAUAGCAACUUAUCUGUAAAGAAAGAUGAAUCUGGAAGUGAUAACAUGUCAAGUUGGUAUGCAUCUUCCCUUGAUGUCCUUGAAAGUGAAGUUAUGAAGCAUAGCAGGGCUCUGUUGUUGCUAAGCUGUGAUUUUGGCACUGUGUGGAAUUCCAGGAAACUGGUUUUGUCAAAUAAGCAACAUUCUCAGAUGUUUGUGGAUGAACUGUUAUUGUCUGCACUGGUUCUCUCAUAUGCGCCUAAAAGUGAAUGCUCUUGGAGCCAUAGGCGAUGGGUGAUCAAGAUGAUUGAUGGAAAGAGUUCAAAUCUGCAAGAGAUUGUGGAAAAAGAAUCUGAAAUAGUGAAAAAAAUAGCCGAGAAAUCAAAAAUGAAUUAUCGUGCGUGGAAUCACCGAUGCUGGUUAGUUUCCCAUAUGUCAGGAGGACAGGUGCUGAACGAGUUGAACAAAUCCAGAGGUUGGACUGGAUUGCACAUUGCUGACAGUUCCUGCUUUCACUAUCGCACA